GCGUCCGCCGGGCGCGUUGCUAGGGGAGGAGCGCAGGUGGUGCCGCCGCGUCCCGCUGGGGACACGGCGGGACACCUCGGAGAAAGCCGGGCGCUGAGGGUUCCCCGCUCCCCCCCCCGGAGCUGGAGCCCUUCGGUAGCCCCCGGGGAGCCUAUGGAGAGCGGCCCGCGCAAUGCCAUAGUGUUCAACGCGUCCAAGGGGGAGAGCUUCACGCCGGCCGGCGGCUACAAGGCCUUGCGGAAGCGGCUGCGCGGGAACUGGAAGGUGCUGAGCUUAAAAGAUGAGAUCACAUCGGAGAAACUGUUUGGAGUAAAACUGUGGAUUACAGCAGGGCCAAGAGAGAAGUUCAGUGCUGAUGAGUUUUCCGUUCUGAAGAAAUUCCUGGAGGAUGGUGGAGCCAUCCUGGUGAUGCUCAGGGAAGGUGGAGAGUCCCGCAAUGGCACAAAUAUUAACUUCUUGUUAGAAGAAUAUGGGAUCAUAUUCAAUAAUGAUGCUGUAGUACGAAAUGUAUAUUAUAAGUACCAUCACCCAAAAGAAGCACUAAUUUCUGAUGGAGUUUUGAACAGGGGAAUCUGUGAAGCUGCAAGAAAAACAGUGCUUGAGACAACAGAUGAAGAUGGAAGCGGGCAUGACUCACAUGCUCUCACUUUUGUGUAUCCUUUUGGAGCCACACUGAAUGUGAUGAAACCAGCAGUGGCAAUUCUGUCAACAGGAUCCAUCUGCUUCCCACUCAACAGGCCUAUUCUGGCUUUCUAUCAGCAUGAGAGUCAAGGUGGAAAGAUGGCAGCAUUGGGAUCUUCCCACAUGUUCAGUGAUCAAUAUUUAGAUAAAGAAGAAAAUGGUAAGAUCAUGGAUGUGCUUUUCCAGUGGCUCACAACAUCAGAGAUCCACUUAAACCAGAUGGAUAUGGAGGACCCUGAGAUUUCAGACUAUACCAUGCUCCCAGACACAGCUGCACUGUCUGAGCAACUGCGAGUCUGCCUACAAGAAGGAGAUGAGAACCCAAGAGACUUCACAAAGCUGUUUGAUACAUCCCUUUAUCAGCUGGAUACAACUGCCCUCCCUUCAGUUAUCAAAGCUUAUGAAGAGCUGAAUGUGAAACAUGAACGCCUCCAACUCAUUCAGCCUCAAUUUGAGACUCCACUACCUGUCCUCCAGCCAGCUGUUUUUCCACCUGCUUUCAGAGAAUUGCCUCCUCCCCCUCUGGAACUGUUUGACUUAGAUGAAACCUUUUCCUCUGAGAAAGCUCGUCUUGCAGAGAUCACAAACAAAUGUACUGAUGAUGACCUGGAAUUCUAUGUACGAAAAUGUGGCGAUAUCCUGGGAGUGACAAGCAAACUCCCGAAGGAGAAGCAAGAUACCAAAUAUAUCCUGGAGCACAUCUUCUUCCAAGUGGUUGAGUUUAAGAAACUGAAUCAGGAACAUGAUAUUGACACAAGUGAAGCUGGAUUCCACAAUGGCAAUUGAGACCUGGCUUUCCCCAGUUUGAGACAGACCUUUUAGUGAAAAUACACUUCUCUCUUUUUUUAAAACUCCUCUCCAAUAUAUUAUUGGGACUGUCUCAAUAGUUCACUGAAUGCUAGGAUCGUUUAUGUGUGGUAGUUUGGAUAUUUAAUGCCUUUUGAGAAAGUGCUUGUAUUUCACAAGGACUUUCCAAAUAAUUUCUUAUUUUUCUACUUCUUUAUUGAAACUGUAAUUUUGUAAUACAUUUUAAAAAUAUUAUACAAAGAAAAUGUGUUUGGGGUCCUUCUUUCUGGCUCUAGCAUUUAUGUUCUUGUAAGGUUUACUGUGGAUUCUCCUGGUGUACAAAAAGUCCUUAAUUGCACUCUGGGAAGGAUCGUUAUUUUGGUUUGUGAACUGGGAAAAAGAAAACAGAGUCAUAAAUACAGGAGCUGCUGAAAACAUA